AUGGUGCAGGUGGCGGGAGAAGCGAGCGGAAGAGGGAGAGGAUCUCGAAACAAGGGUGAUGUUGGCGGCGGUUUGAUGGCGCUGAGAUGCACACCCUCCGCUGCGUCGUCGAAGGUGGAGAUGCUCUCUUGGACUAAGUACCGUUGGCCGCCUCCUUCGCAUCAGAUCUUAGGGCGUUGGAACUGUCGGCGCAAGGCCAUAAGCCGCCGCAGCUCCCGGAGAAACUCUGGCCUCCGGGUGGUCGCCGAGAAGGUUGUCGGCAUCGACCUGGGGACCACCAACUCGGCGGUGGCGGCAAUGGAGGGAGGGAAGCCCACUAUCGUGACUAACGCCGAGGGCCAGCGGACGACGCCGUCCGUGGUUGCUUACACAAAGACGGGCGACAGGUUGGUUGGGCAGAUUGCGAAGAGGCAGGCUGUGGUGAAUCCAGAGAACACGUUCUUCUCGGUAAAGAGGUUUAUCGGGAGGAAGAUGUCGGAGGUGGACGAGGAGUCGAAGCAGGUCUCUUAUAAUGUGGUGAGGGAUGAAAAUGGAAAUGUCAAGCUCGAGUGCCCUGCCAUCGGGAAGCAGUUUGCAGCGGAGGAGAUAUCAGCUCAGGUUUUGAGGAAGCUUGUAGAUGAUGCAUCGAAGUUUUUGAACGACAAGGUCACUAAAGCAGUAGUCACAGUCCCUGCAUACUUCAAUGAUUCCCAGAGGACUGCAACCAAGGAUGCAGGUCGUAUUGCCGGUCUAGAGGUGCUCCGUAUUAUAAAUGAACCAACUGCUGCAUCACUUGCUUAUGGUUUCGAAAAGAAGAGCAAUGAAACCAUUUUGGUUUUUGAUCUUGGAGGUGGCACAUUUGAUGUUUCAGUUCUUGAGGUUGGUGAUGGUGUGUUUGAGGUCUUGUCUACUUCCGGGGACACUCAUCUUGGUGGGGAUGACUUCGAUAAGAGAAUUGUUGAUUGGCUUGCUGCCAAUUUCAAGAAGGAUGAAAGGAUAGAUCUCUUGAAGGACAAACAAGCGCUUCAACGGUUAACUGAGACUGCCGAGAAAGCUAAGAUGGAACUUUCCUCUUUGACUCAAACUAAUAUCAGUUUGCCUUUCAUUACUGCCACUGCGGAUGGCCCCAAACACAUAGAAACCACUCUCACAAGAGCUAAGUUCGAGGAACUCUGCUCAGAUUUGCUCGACAGACUUAAAACACCCGUUCAAAAUGCACUGAGGGACGCAAAGCUCUCGAUCACCAAUAUCGAUGAGGUCAUCCUUGUGGGAGGCUCGACCCGUAUUCCAGCUGUCCAGGAACUUGUCAAAAGUAUGACUGGAAAGGAUCCGAAUGUCACUGUCAACCCUGAUGAAGUUGUUGCUCUUGGAGCCGCAGUUCAGGCUGGUGUUUUGGCUGGAGAUGUUAGCGACAUUGUCCUUCUGGAUGUGACGCCACUAUCGUUGGGUCUGGAGACUUUGGGUGGGGUCAUGACGAAGAUCAUUCCCAGAAACACGACGUUGCCCACUUCAAAAUCCGAAGUUUUCUCGACUGCUGCCGAUGGGCAGACGAGUGUUGAGAUCAAUGUGCUUCAAGGUGAAAGAGAGUUUGUUAGGGACAACAAGUCCCUCGGUAGCUUCCGUCUUGAUGGGAUCCCUCCCGCUCCUCGUGGGGUCCCGCAGAUUGAGGUCAAAUUUGACAUUGAUGCUAAUGGUAUCUUGUCUGUGACUGCCAUCGAUAAGGGAACUGGAAAGAAGCAGGAUAUCACUAUUACAGGUGCCAGCACAUUACCUAGUGAUGAGGUGGAGAGGAUGGUUAGUGAGGCUGAGAAAUUCGCAAAGGAGGACAAGGAAAAGAGGGAUGCCAUAGACACCAAGAACCAAGCGGACUCAGUAGUGUACCAGACAGAAAAGCAGGUGAAGGAACUCGGGGACAAGGUUCCAGCAGCUGUGAAGGAAAAAGUCGAGGCCAAACUUGCAGAACUCAUGGACGCCAUCUCUGGGGGCUCGACCCAAGCAAUUAAGGAAGCCAUGACUGCACUUAAUCAGGAAGUCAUGCAAUUGGGCCAGUCACUGUACAACCAGCCUGGUGCUGGCCCGACGCCUGGUGGUGAGCCCAGCCCUUCAGAGUCAUCGGAUAAAGGGCCUGAAGGAGAUGUGAUCGAUGCUGAUUUCACGGACACCAAGUGA